CCACUUCUCAGCCAAUCAGUGCGCCGCACACUGGCACGUGCCAGUUUCGCGGCAAAAAAGAUUUGGCGCGUAAAGCUUUUAGCAGGUUCCGAUCAGCUGGAACACAAAAAAACAACAACAACAAAAGUGAUUCCGGUCGCGCCGCGCGCAGGGACAGUCGGACCGCACCUUCCCUCUCCGGACAUGGAUUUAAGCGUUUCAGGAGCGAACAUCUGGGGAUUAUUCUCAAGUUAUUGACAAUACUUCCUGGAUGGAGUCAUUAAAAAGGACAAAAGCGAAGGAUAUUUUGGAUUAAAGUGUCCGAGGAGUAAAGAAACCGGACUUUGUCUUUGUUCGGCAUCUGGAUCGGGUUAUACUGAUAUUUUUACUUCAUCUACAGCCAUUUUAGCAUAUUAAUUACCCCUUUCUAACACGUUUACCAAUGCUCACGUGAGAACAAACUUUGUUUCUCUUGAUAAUAUCGCAACAACAUCAUUAAUUUGAGGAUUAUAUUGAAUGCGUCCAUGUUUUAUGCACUUUAAAAGUUGCGAUUUGUUCGUGAUGUUGUUUAUUUAUAGUGGAAUAUUUGUUAUGCUUUUUGCUGCCAUUUUCAAAAGCACUUCCUUAAACAAAGGAUUGACAACUAUAAACUCAUCAUGCAUGUGAAAAACAUCUGAAAUGUUGAUCAAUAACAUGCAUGGUCUAAUCCUUCACUUUUACUGAAGUAAAGUGGAUAUUUUCGUUUUGCACCCUGAGGUUGACCUACAUUUCUGGCCUUGUGGUUCGGGAGUCUCACCCAUAUGUUCAGCCCAGGCCUGUUUUUAUCAUGCGUUUCAGUGUGCACUUGUGUGAAACCUGUCAGAACAUGGUUUUUACAUUUCCACUGAGCCCUGUGCUCUCUCUUGUGCAUGCAUUUUAAGAAAGCAACCUGUUCCCAUGCGCUGAAGGCCAUCGCCAGGAUUGAGAAUAAACCCGGAGCCCGAGUAACGUUAACCCCUGCUGUUUUAGCACGAUAUGUCUGAGAGUUUUAUAUCGGGUCAGACCUCGGAGGAUCUGCUGGCUGAUUUUGAGUCUCUCUUGAACAAUGGCAGCAUUGAUCUUAGUGAAGAUCACCAAAUCGUCAUCAUCUCCACCCCGGGCACGGCCUCGACCAGCUCUGCCACGGGGGACUUCUUGCUGUUCGCCACCCCGCACCACAGCGCCACGACCGGCACGACCCUGGACCACAGGAGACCCGCUCUGGGCAGACCACCGGUGAAGAGGAAGCUGGAUCUGGACAGUGAUCACCAGUACAUCUGCACGUCUCGGUCGGCUUCUCAUGGACCAGCUCCUCCAGCUACACCCGCUCCACCCAGAGUCCCUAAACUGGCCACGGAGAAGUCCCGCUACGACACGUCUCUGAACCUGACCACGAAGCGCUUCCUGGACCUCCUGGCUCAGUCUCCAGACGGGGUGGUGGACCUGAACUGGGCGUCUCAGGUGCUGGACGUCCAGAAGCGGCGCAUCUACGACAUCACCAACGUCCUGGAGGGCAUUCACCUGAUCUCCAAGAAGUCCAAGAACCACAUCCAGUGGCUGGGGAAUCGCAUCGACGGGGCGUCCGUGGCCAGGUUUCAGGAGCUCCAGAGGGAAGUGUCCGAGCUCACGGAGGCCGAGGAGAAACUCGACGAGCUCAUUAACAAAUGCAGCCUACAGCUACGGCUCCUCACAGAGGACACACACAACAAGAAGCUUGGGUACGUGAGGUGCCAGGACCUGCGGGACACGGUGGACCCUCCGGAGCAGAUCAUCAUGGUGAUCCGAGCUCCACCAGAGACGCAGAUGCAGGUGUCUGAACCCAGUGAGGGUUACCAGAUCUCUCUGAAGAGCUCCAAAGGUCCGAUCGACGUGUUUCUGUGUCCUGAGGACAGUUCUGGGGUCUGUAGUCCCGUCACUGAUUGUAGUCCAGCGAAAUCGUCCUGUCAGACCCCCCCGCGGUCUGAUCUCGCAUCACAGGAAGUGACAUCAUCAACGCCGACUACCCUCCCUAGCUCCUCCCCCCUGCCUCUCGGCACAGACUCGGAGUCGUUCCUGGACUCGUUUCCUGGCAUUUGCGGGAUGCCCGAUUUCGACCUGUCUCCUUUGGGCUCGUCUGAGUUCCUGCUGGAGCGGGGCGGCUCCUCGGACGGCGCGGGCCUGGCACUCGACGGCUUCAUCUGUCUCUCUCCUCCUCACAGUCAGGACUAUCACUUCGGCCUGGAGGACCACGAGGGCGUCAGCGAGCUGUUCGACUGCGACUUCAGCGACCUCGGCCCUCUCGAGUUCUGACGGCCCGAUCCAGAGUCAAACCGCUCUCGCAUCGCUUCGCUUUUGAAUCCAGAUUUGCUCGAAUGCUGCCAAUUAAUUUAUUAAUAGAAACGAGUCACCUUUUGGAUUCCUGUUUAUUGUAAUUGAUUGUACAUGUAACGUCGUCGGGAAGGUUUUAGGACGAGUGUGAAUAUAAACUGACAGGUUUUAUGGAUUAUUUCUCAGGUGAGUGAUUACGUGCUAGUUACCGUAUGUGUUUAGGGUCGGGUUAUGUUGCAUAUGUUGGUUAUGCAAUGCUGCACGAUAAUCAAUCCGCCGUCGCUCGCGCGGUGACCGAGAGGAUUUACAGAAAAUGAACUUUUCGAUAUUUUUUUUUUCUAAUCACAAUUCUAUUCACGAGUUCUGUACAAAUGUUCAUCAUGUCACAGAUUCUCUCGCGUUCAUGAGUUUUGCAUUGUGUGUGCAGGCUUGUGGGAUUUUUAUCGCUGUUACAGGAGACGUUCUGUAUUUAUUUGCGUUCAAAUCUGAUCCUGGUACAGUAAAUGUCCCCAGAGAUAUAUAUAUAUAUAUAUAUAUAUGUAUAUGUAUUUAUUAGUGCUGUGCAACGAUUAAUCACGUCUAAAAUA